AUGGAGCUCGACUCAAAACCUGCGGAUGACCGCACUCGUAGAGCUGCAAGCACAAUAUCCAUGGACGACCUCGAGGCAGCACAAGCACUCGAAGGCCUGCGCUCAACACAAACUAUCCACACUGUCCCAGAACACUCGCCGGAGCCACUACUAUCACUUUUAACGUCCUCUCAUCCCUUGCUCUCUUCUGCUAUCAACGGGUCUGUCUCAGCAUAUACCACUUCAAAGUCUUAUUCGGCACGUUUCAAGUCCAGCGCCGAGUUUAUCGAACGCAAUAUUGGCUCCCCCGUCGCAAAUACCGUUGGAACUGUAGGCCGCAGGACGGGUGUGGAGAGUGGUUUGCGCUGGGCGUUGCAGCGGCGAGAAUUUUCUCAGGAAUCAGGUCAGAUUAGCAAACGGCGUAAAGUCGGUGAUGCGGCGCCACCGAUCGAUGUGGAGAUUGCAGAUCUUUCUAUGACAGAGACCCCUCCUCCCUACGAGGAAAACACAUCGCCCCGUUACGAAGAAAGGACAGAGGCGGCCACAUGGCAGAAACGCCUGGUUAUCUCAACAUCUGGACUUGGCGUUGCAAUGAGCGAUGAGUCUCUGCGCAGUCUACAGUACUGCCUGACCUGGCUGCGUUGGGCGAAUGGACGACUAGGCAAAUCUAUUGUGGCGCUACAGACUGCGCUGAAAGAAUGGGAGAACCACAAAAUUGGCCCGGGCCAGCCACAGAGUGACCUAGAAAAGGGCGGCAACUACCCAGGAAGCGCGUCUCUCUUGAUGCAGCGCAUCCAAGCAGUCAAAGCCGACGUCCUUUCAACAUUAAAGCAAGUCGUGGAUAUUGUAUCUAAGUAUGCAGGAGGUGCCCUGCCUGAAAAUGCUCGCCAUCUGGUUCGACGGCACCUCACAUCCCUGCCUCACCGAUUCCAGAUGGCUAGUACCUCUCAACCUCCACCAGACUCGCCUGCAGCCUCUUCCGACGCAGCCGUUGGCGCCCACCGGAUUCUAGUUUUGGCGAACGAGGGGCUGGAUAUUUUGAGCCAGGUCAGCUGUGUCGUCAAUGACACUCUGCUCAGUGCUGAGCAUUGGUGCGAGAGACUUGGACGCAAAACUGAUAAUAAAUCCGCGCUGGAUGUCGAGAACCCUGCUGAGUUGUACAGCAUAGAUAUCAAACAGCCCCUUGUUACUGGGUCUACACCUCUGAGAGAUGUUGAAAUGACUGGACAAGAUGCAUGA